GACCAUGUCAAGUGAUUCACCGCGAGAAAACAUAAUGUAAUAAUCGCGUGGUGCCUUGACCUCGAAGUCAAGCCGGUGUCACGGAUUCGAUACAGUGUUAGUACUUGCUGCAGCGGUAAAAGCGCAAAAGUGGAGUAAGUGAUGGUGGCCGAGUCGGAACGGACUUUCUUGGGUCUGGACCUGAGCACCCAGCAGCUGAAAGCUGCUGUGGUGGACAACAACCUCCAAAUAAUCCACGAAGCGUCCGUCAUGUUCGACAGCGACCUCCCCGAAUUUCGCACCCAUGGUGGCGUUUUGCUUUCCAAAACCAAUCCAAACGUUAUCACGGCGCCGACGGUCAUGUGGGUCAAGGCUCUGGAUAUGCUCAUGGAUAAGCUCACGGUGUCUGGGGUAGAUUUUUCAAAAACUGCUGCCGUUUCCGGUUCUGCGCAACAACACGGCUCCGUCUUCUGGCAAAAAGGUUCAGAAAAAAUACUAGCAAGCUUGGAUCCGGGCCAGUUUCUUCACCAGCAACUAGCCUCGAGUUUUACUGUUAAUAAUAGUCCGGUCUGGAUGGAUGCUAGCACUACGGUGCAGUGUCGGCAGCUGGAAGAGGCAGUUGGAGGAGCUUUGAAAUUGGCGGAAAUUACGGGUUCCAGAGGCUACGAAAGGUUUACGGGGUCACAGAUUGCUAAAAUAGCGCAGGCAAAGCCUGAAGCUUACAAAAACUCAGAGCGGAUCUCUUUAGUUAGUAGUUUCUUGUGUUCCUUGUUCUUGGGUAAAAUCGCUCCUAUUGAUAUAUCAGAUGGUUCUGGCAUGAAUUUGAUGGACAUACGAACCAAACAGUGGAAUUCGCAGCUUCUGGAAGUCGUUGGUGACAAUUUAGACGAAAAAUUGGGUUCCGUUGUUCCGUCCAGUACCGACGUGGGUCCCAUUUCGUCAUAUUUUGUUGAAAGAUACAGUUUUGACCCUAGUUGCCGCAUCAUUGCAUGUACUGGCGAUAAUCCGUCUUCUCUUGUUGGCAUGAGACUUAACGAAGGGUGGUUGGCGGUUAGUUUGGGCACCAGCGACACGGUUUUUUUGUGGUUGAAAGAACCCAAAAUUGUACCGGAUGGGCACAUUUUGUGUAACCCUGUCGAUCCAGAAGCGUACAUGGCCAUGUUAUGUUUUAAAAAUGGUUCUUUAACUCGAGAAAGAGUAAGGGAUUCUUGUGCGGAAUCCAGUUGGGAUAUCUUUAACCAGCUGCUGGAUAGUACCCCUAGAGGAAAUUUCGGGAAUAUGGGUUUGUACUACGACGUUCAAGAAAUUCUUCCAUUUUUAUCUGGCGACUACAGGUUUAACAAAGCCGGUGAUCGUGUGGCCAAAUUCACCAGUCUAGAAGUCGAAGUGAGAGCGCUCAUUGAAGGGCAGUUUAUUGCCAAAAGGGCAUACGCUGAAGACAUCGGAUUUACUUUAGGAAAAGAUACAAAAAUUUUAGCAACAGGGGGUGCUUCCGCAAACAAAGCAAUUCUCCAGGUUCUGUCCGAUGUUUUUAACGCCCCUGUGUACCUUCAGGAGGAAUCAAAAUCCGCCAUGUUGGGGGCAGCAUAUCAAGCUAAACACGGUCUUUUAGGAAAGCACAGCAAUUACGUGGAGGUUACGUCGUGUCUUCCACCCCCACGUCUGAUUUGUGAGCCCUAUGCGGACGCUGCAGAGAUCUACGAACCAAUGGUAGAGCGUUACAGAAAAAUUGUAUCUUCCCUUAUUAAAUAGGUUUUGAACGCUCAAAACAAAUUUUAACGUAUUGCUCCCCGUACGUAGAACCGGCCUAAAAAUUUUAACUUGCCUGCCCGACUUUCGAUUCUCGGGGAAAAAAAAAUCUAGCUGAUUCCAUAUUUAUUUUAUUGUUGACAUUUUGUUAAAAUAUGUUAUUUAUCAAUACAAUUGUUGAACUAUAGUAAAUUUUAAUACAAGGUUUCGCUACUUAUCUACUUACAA